CCUGACUUUCUUUAAAAGACAUUUUCUUAAAUGUAGAUUAUUUUAUGCAACGACUCAUAAAUUUAUUUAUUAUUUGGCAUUUUAAAAUUAUUUCUCCCCACGAAUAACCCUUGUUGUAUUUAGUAAAUUGUAUACAAAUGAUCAGUGCAGGCGGUAGAGUACCGUGGGUCUUGCACUCGAAAAAGCGCCAAGAUCUACGCACACCACCGUGGUUGUCAACUUGUUUUCAGGUGAACUGUAAAAUGGCAAAGUAAAAGCGGAAUAAACUGCAUAUGAAAUGAAUUAAUAAGGACAGAGAACUGAACUGGUGAGACGACUCAAGCUGCGCUGUUGUCGGUGUAAAGUUAUUGGGACUGCAUGCCAAAAUGCCCGGUCUUCAGGGUGACAGCGUCGUAGCCGCUCUCGGCAGUCCCAUCAAGAAAACCAAACUCUCCUUGAGGUUCUUCCAUAAAAAAGAAGCCAAGCGAGCACUAGAUUUCUCAGAGCCACACGCGGAGGAACACCAACCGGAGGACGCAGCCAGCGCCGGUUGUGAGCAGUUGGUGCCUGCCUCUGGUCCAUCCUCGCCUCUCAUCCCCUGCGAGAAAAAGGAAACCCUGGUUCCCUUUGUUGGGUUGAAUAACCUUGGAAACACAUGCUAUCUCAACAGCAUUCUGCAGGUUCUGUACUACUGUCCAGGGCUGAGAGAUGGCAUUAAGAAACUUUACAAUGUCUCCAAACGGAAAGACAAGCCUAAGGAUGAAGAUUGUAAAAGUGAAGAGACAGGGGAAGUGGAGGAUGUGUUGCCUGCUCACAUGGAGCUGCUGAACAGCUUCCACAGCCUCAUCACGUCAGCAGAGCAGCUCCAGUCCAGCUACCUGCUGAACCCCGACCUGCACUGCCACGCCGAGCUGGCCACGCCCCCUCGCAAGCUGCUCAACACCCUCAGGCAGCUGAACCCCAUGUACGAGGGCUACCUUCAACACGACGCCCAGGAGGUGCUGCAGUGCAUCCUGGGAAACAUCCAGGAGGCCUCCGACACCAUCAGGAAGGAGCUGCACAGCGCCGCCACGCUGGCCACCGGCGGAACUGCAGAGGAGGAGGACGAGGAGGCCCUGCUGAGCGGGAAGCGGAAGAGCGACACGGAGGCCGGAAACGCCAAGAAGAAGACCAGACCCCUGGAGCAGAGCCAGGGGCCCCAGGAGCAGAGCCAGGACGCCCAGGACGGCAAGCCCUUUACACGCUCCAAGAGGAAGUCCUCCAGUGACAUCACAACAGACAGCAGCAAGACCGAGGGAGCGGAGGAGGAGGAGAGACAGGAAAAGGAGGGAGGAGGAGACGAGAGAGAGGGCAAAGGCGAAGACCCGCCGAAGGAGGGGAAGAGGAGGUCUGUGAGGAGCUGGCUGGGAUCCAACAGGAAGCAGCCCAGCAUCUUCUCCAAGUUCCGCAGCUUGGGGAGGAUCAGCUCCCAGCGGGGGGCGAGGUCGGAGGAGGCCACGCCUGGCCUGGAGGCUGGGAGGCCCCCGGUCCAGGAGACGGGACACCCUGGGAAGACCCCCGUCCAGGAGACCACCACACACCAGUCUGGGAGAGAGAGGACAAGCAGACGCGAAGAGAGCGAGGUGGUGGGGCUGAUGGAGAGGCUGUUCCAGGGCCGGCUGGUGCUGAGGACGCGCUGCCUGGAGUGUGAGAGCUCCACGGAGAGGAGAGAGGACUUCCAGGACGUCAGCGUGCCUGUGCAGGAGGACGAACACUGCGGCCCCGAGAGCAGCUCAGAGGUGUCUCCAGACCCCAAGCCGGAGUUAAAGACUCUCCAGUGGGCCAUCUCCCAGUUUGCCUCGGUGGAGCGCAUCGUGGGGGAGGACAAGUACUUCUGUGAGACCUGUCUCCACUACACGGAGGCAGAGAGGAGCCUGCUGUUCGACAAGACCCCCGAGGUCGUCACCAUCCACCUCAAGUGCUUCUCAGCCAACAGCCUCGAGAUGGACCCGUACGCCGGCCUGUCCAAGGUGAACACGCCCCUGCUCACUCCCCUGACCCUGUCCCUGGAGGAGUGGUGCACGCGGCCCUCAGCCACCGGGGGGCAGCACUACCAGCUGUUUGCCGUGGUGAUGCACAGCGGCGUGACCAUCAGCAGCGGACACUACACCACCUACGUCAGGAUGAGCGACCUGAAGAACACCCAGCUCUGGCCGCAGGAGGGCGGCGAGGAGGAGGAGGGGGCCGGGGGGAAGAAGGAGGAGGAGGUGCUGGAGUACGACGACGGCGAGGUGUCCUUCAGUCUGGCCAAGCGGCCGGGCCGAGCCGCCGUCAGCCAGCUGGGGGUCAAGAAGCCGUCGGAGGGGGUGGCCCUCCUGGGGGGGCAGAGGAGCCUGGUCAGCUACGACCUGGGCUGCAGCAAGACCAACACCGACAAGACUGAGAGCAGCAGGGGGCGGAGGAAGGCCGGCGGGCCGCUAGCCAGCCCCGGGGCCAGGAAGGAGGCCGGGGGAGGGGAGGAGCAGGGGGGGGCGGAGCAGGCCCUGAGCAGCCUGAUGAGCUACGAGGGGAAGUGGCUUCUGUUUGACGACUCGGAGGUGCACCUGUUUGAGGAGGAGGACUUUCUGAGAGCCUGCUCACCUCAGACCUGCUCCACUUCCACUCCCUACCUGCUGUUCUACAGGAGAAGCCCUCCACUGUGACCCCCCCGGCACAUCCCAUUUCUCUCUACUCCUUUCUUCCUACCUGUGUUUAUUCCCCCCCUCCCAGGAUGCAGACAGACUGGAGAAGCUAUAGGGCCUCAUGUCCGCCAACAUAAUGCUAAACCUUGACUGUCUAACCUCAGUACAUUUCUUUCUGCUAAGUGCUUGCACAUGUUUGUGUACGUGGACUUCAGACGGCACCUUCAGACUUCCAAUGCCCAUGAAUUUGUCAGAAACGUUAGGUGACACAGGACUUUCAGGAACCGUCGAGGAGGGAGACUAGUGGUGUGCUGUGUGUCACCCUUGACGGUACUCCUCCGGUCUCAAACGCUCCUCAGAACACCCUCUCCUGCACUGUGUCGGUUUUGCGGUUUUUAGAUUAUUUUUUUAUAAAGAGCGCAUUUUAUUCUUGUACAUGGUUCUUCACCCUUGGCUGGGUGAAGCUCUCGUCAUUUUCAGAUUCCACUCGGACCGUCCAUGUCCAGGUAGGACGGUCAGGAAUGUUCUGGAAUCUUUGAAGCAAGCUGGACAUUAUUUACUGCAGGUUGGGUGAGAUGUUUGUGCAUUAGAUGAACCCAAUAUCCUUCUGUAUAAACUGCUUCAUUGGUGAGUCAGUCAUAAUGUAAACAUACUUGAGUAACUUGUUACUCUCUGUUUGCGUAGAUGUGUCUGGCCAGGCAUCAGGGAUGUACGUGGUUGAUCGUCUAGUAAAGUUCGCCACCAGUACCUCAUUCCAGCUCAACAAGCUCUGGUCACCAUAUCACGUUGGAAGGCUUCUGCACAAGCAGCCUCGCUAGCAGCAAUCCAGAUGAAACUUUAAUGUUCUCGGUCUGAAAUGAUCUGCCUUGCUGUGCAACAUGUUCUUAAAAGCUACUGGGUUUUAUGUUCAGUGUGAAUAUUUUCUAGCUCUAUUCCUCCUGCUGUUGACUUUUACAAAUAAACAAAAU